ACAGGAAAGUGAGUCUCCAGAAUCAGCAGUUGCCAGACUGUUUGCUCCUGCUAGAAGUGAUUCACAGUUUAGUCACUGUUGCUCAAUGCUUACAGCAACUGCCAUCUGAAGCACAAAUGCGGGUACAAUGAUGUACUCGCAUCAUCAGGCGAAGCAUCAUCACUUAAAGAAAUAUAAAUUCACGUCUCAGGCCACAGCGGCCGAGGUUCAAAAACUUCUGGUUUCUGGAAGAAAGCAAGAGGCUUUACAAUUUGCACAGGAAGGUCAGUUGUGGGGUCCUGCCCUUGUUCUUGCUGCACAACUUGGUGAUCGAUUCUAUGCUGAGACUGUCAAACAUAUGGCACUUACACACUUGGUAGCAGGAUCACCUUUCCGAACCUUAUUCCUGCUAAUUGCUGAUCAACGUGCUGAUGUAUUUUCAACGGAUAGCACAGCUGUUAGUGGCAUGACUGGUCCAGUAACUAUGUCUCAGCAACCAGCACAGGUUUAUGGUCAAGGCAAAAGAAGGCUGCAUCAUUCACAUAAUCAGAGGUUCAUUCAAAGAGGAAACUUGAAGGAUUGGAAUCAUGUCAUUCACCUCUUUUACAAGCUCAAAGACAAAUUGGAAAAAAUAUGCCCCAAUGAAAUGAUUUACAAAUUGGAAACAAUAUACUGGGACGACGUAGGCAAUCUUAGAGCUACUGCGAUAUAAUAUUUUUUGGGUGAGUAAUAUAUUGUCGCUCUCUAUAUUAUUUGAUGUAUAUGAACGUAAUCCCAGUAGUUACCAGGCUGGGAUAAGGUUAAAAGAAGGUUGCCGCAGAGUUUGUUGACACUAGGAACUACUACCAAGCUCACCGAGCGGAGGUAAUGGGGGUCGUACAACUGCAGCCCAUCAUAGAAAAAGGGAGUAGACAGCAGGAGCAGGUUGUCCUCUGCCGGGGGUAUAGACUUGCUUCGAUGGGGCAGUGAGUGGCCGCUGUAAUAGCCCAUUUUUAACCUAAUGUAAAUUACGUUCUUAGUUUCGUAAUAUUCAUAUUAUUCUCGGAAUCUAAAAUAUAAGUCAAUUUAUGUUCAAAAUCGCCCGAUAAAAAUAUUAUCAAAUCAAAUCGUACUUAAUCAAGCGGUAAAUGUGCUAAUCUUGCGCUAAUUGUGCGUGAUCAUACGCAUAAUUGUACUUAAGUGGUUCCUUAAGUACCUCAAUUAUGUUCAUUUAAACCUAAGAGCUAAUUUGAUCAUCUUAUGUUUUUAAGCAUUGAUCAAUGCACGUCUAGGGUGCUUAAUUUUCUUCUAAUCGCCUUAACCUAGGGUAAUCACGCAU